AUGUACCUGGAUGCUCUGGUGGAAAGACAACUACAGAAACACCAGACUGAAAUUAAACAGCUGAAGAAAUAUCAAAGUGAAGCUGAAGUUAUGAAGAGAAAAAUCGGAACAAUGGAAGACAAGAUUAAGAAUCAGACAUCAGAGAUAUCAGGCACUUUGAGAAUCGUGCUGUUGGGGAAGACUGGUGUUGGGAAGAGUGCCACAGGAAACACCAUCCUGGGGAAAGAUGUUUUUAAAGAAGAUGAGAGUUUUGAGUCAGUGACUAAAACAUGUCAGAGAGAGACAGCUGAAGUCAAUGGAAGACAGAUAACAGUGACUGACACACCAGGACUGUUUGAUACAGAAACUGAUAAUGAGGAGAUGAACAAAGAGUUCAUUAAAUGCAUCACCACGGCAACACCAGGACCACAUGUGUUUCUACUGGUGUUAGCAGUGGGACGACUCACACCAGAGGAGAAAGAAGCAGUGAAGAUCAUCCAAAAGAUGUUUGGAGAUGAAUCACACAUGUACACCAUGGUACUGUUUACUAAAGCAGACCAUCUAAAGCAGAAAACCAUAGAACAGUACAUAGGAAACCCUGGAAGUGACUUGGGGAAUCUCAUUGGCCAGUGUGGUAACAGAUACCAUGUGUUUAACAACACAGACCCCAGUAACCAAACUCAGGUUGUGGAACUCCUGGAUAAGAUAGACACCAUGGUGUCAGAGAAUGGAGGGACCUUCUACACCAAUGAGAUGUUCAGACAGGUAGAGGAAGCUCUCCAAGAGGAAAAGGAGAGAAUACUGAGAGAGAGAAGAUCUGACACUUUGAGAAUCGUGCUGUUGGGGAAGACUGGUGUUGGGAAGAGUGCCACAGGAAACACCAUCCUGGGGAAAGAUGUUUUUAAAGAAGAUGAGUGUUCUGGAUCAGUGACUAAAACAUGUCAGAGAGAGACAGCUGAAGUCAAUGGAAGACAGAUAACAGUGAUUGACACACCAGGACUGUUUGAUACAGAGAUUGAUAAUGAGGAGAUGAAAAAAGAGAUCAUUAAAUGCAUCACCAUGGCAACACCAGGACCACACGUGUUUCUACUGGUGUUAGCAGUGGGACGACUCACACCAGAGGAGAAAGAAGCAGUGAAGAUCAUCCAAAAGAUGUUUGGAGAUGAAUCACACAUGUACACCAUGGUACUGUUUACUAAAGAAGACCAUCUAAAGCAGAAAACCAUAGAACAGUACAUAGGAAACCCUGGAAGUGACUUAGGGAAUCUCAUUGGCCAGUGUGGUAACAGAUACCAUGUGUUUAACAACACAGACCCCAGUAACCAAACUCAGGUUGUGGAACUCCUGGAUAAGAUAGACACCAUGGUGUCAGAGAAUGGAGGGACCUUCUACACUAAUGAGAUGUUCAGACAGAUAUCAGACACUUUGAGAAUCGUGCUGUUGGGGAAGACUGGUGUUGGGAAGAGUGCCACAGGAAACACCAUCCUAGGGAAAGAUGUUUUUAAAGAAGAUGAGUGUUUUGAGUCAGUGACUAAAACAUGUCAGAGAGAGACAGCUGAAGUCAGUGGAAGACAGAUAACAGUGAUUGACACACCAGGACUGUUUGAUACAGAGAUUGAUAAUGAGGAGAUGAAGAAAGAGAUCAGUAAUUGUAUCGUUAUGGCAACACCAGGGCCACAUGUGUUUCUACUGGUGUUAGCAGUGGGACGACUCACACCAGAGGAGAAAGAAGCAGUGAAGAUCAUCCAAAAGAUGUUUGGAGAUGAAUCACACAUGUACACCAUGGUACUGUUUACUAAAGAAGACCAUCUGAAACAGAAAACCAUAGAACAGUACAUAGGAAACCCUGGAAGUGACUUAGGGAAUCUGAUUGACCAGUGUGGUAACAGAUACCAUGUGUUUAACAACACAGACCCCAGUAACCAAACUCAGGUUGUGGAACUCCUGGAUAAGAUAGACACCAUGGUGUCAGAGAAUGGAGGGACCUUCUACACUAAUGAGAUUUUCAGACAGUUACUGAAGAGUGUUGACAAACUGGUGGAACAGAAUAGAGGAAGUCAUUACACAGCAGUCAUGUACCUGGAUGCUCUGGUGGAAACACAACUGAAGAAACACCAGACUGAAAUUAAACAGCUAAAGAAAUAUCGAAGUGAAGUUGAACAGAUGAGGAUACAAAUCAGAACUCCUGAGGAAAAGAUUAAGGAUCAGACAUCAGAUGUAAGAGAGAGAUCAGACACUUUGAGAAUCGUGCUGUUGGGGAAGACUGGUGUUGGGAAGAGUGCCACAGGAAACACCAUCCUGGGGAAAGAUGUUUUUAAAGAAGAUGAGUGUUUUGAGUCAGUGACUAAAACAUGUCAGAGAGAGACAGCUGAAGUCAAUGGAAGACAGAUAACAGUGAUUGACACACCAGGACUGUUUGAUACAGAGAUUGAUAAUGAGGAGAUGAACAAAGAGUUCAUUAAAUGCAUCACCAUGGCAACACCAGGACCACAUGUGUUUCUACUGGUGUUAGCAGUGGGACGACUCACACCAGAGGAGAAAGAAGCAGUGAAGAUCAUCCAAAAGAUGUUUGGAGAUGAAUCACACAUGUACACCAUGGUACUGUUUACUAAAGCAGAUCAUCUAAGGAAGAAAACUAUAGAACAGUGUAUAGGAGACCCUGGAACUGACUUAGGGAAUCUGAUUGACCAGUGUGGUAACAGAUACCAUGUGUUUAACAACACAGACCCCAGUAACCAAACUCAGGUUGUGGAACUCCUGGAUAAGAUAGACACCAUGGUGUCAGAGAAUGGAGGGACCUUCUACACUAAUGAGAUGUUCAGACAGGUAGAGGAAGCUCUCCAAGAGGAAAAGGAGAGAACACUGAGAGAGAGAGUGGAGGAGAUAGAGAGAGAGAAAGAAGAACUGAAGGCUGAAUAUGAGACAGAGAUAGAGAGAAUGAAAGAGACAAUGGAGGAGGAGAGAAAGAGACAGAAUGAAGAGAGGAAAAGAAGGGAGGAGGAAUUUAGAGAGAGAGAACAGAGACUGAAAAGAGAGAUGGAAGAAAGAGAGAAAGAUUAUGAAAGAAGAAAAAAGGAGGACGAGAAAAGGAUGAAAGAGUGGGAGGAGAAAAUAUAUAAGGAUGUGGAGAGACAGAAAGCAGAAUGGGAGAAACAGAGACAAAAAGACCAGUUGAGGAAAGAACAGGAGGAUCUACGAAGGACAAAGAGAGAGGAGAAAGAAAGGAGAGAAUGGGAUGAGAAACGGCAUCCUGCCAAGAUACUCAUUGUUAAAUGUGGAGAUGUACAGGGAAGACUGCACAAAAAACUCUUGGCUACAGGCAAAGGAAAAACAGGGACUAGACGCUGUAUUGAGGUGGAUGGAGAGUUGUUGAGUCCAAGUGAGUUUGCAAAACAGGGUGGGAGAGAGGCAAACAAGAACUGCAAAACCAGUAUACGAACCAGUAACGGUGAAACCCUCAAAACUCUUAUUGAGGGUAGUGUUGUGCGGAGCUUGCAGCUCAUGAGGAGCUCAGCUGGAGAUGCUCCACACUCCAAAGGUGUAGCCCUAUAG